UACACCAUUCCAAAUUCGAAUACUCGUCACCAUCAUCAUCAGCCAUGGGGCUUCUAUCUUGGUGGAAACCCUCCCAAAAACCCACCUCCGAAACCAAAAAACCCGAUCCGAAACCCGGUUCUCCUCCCGAAAUUCCCGGCAUGAACGGCGCCGUUGAGGUUCCGAGGCCACAGGCUACGCCAGAUGUGACGGUUUUCGAAUUCGGGUCGGUCGCAGCCUCGUCCGACAAGGUGACGCUCGCCGGGUACUGCCCGGUUUCCGACGAUCUGGAGCCGUGCCGGUGGGAGAUUUUACCGGCGAGUGGCUCUGACGCGCCGCAGUUUCGGGUAGUGUUCUGAAGAAAAAAGGAAACGGAUUGUAAGGAACUACCGAACUAGAAAACACUCUUUUGGAGUUUGAUUAUGUGAAAUCUGAAAAGGGUUUUGUUUAAUCCCUUAAACUUACAAAAAGGAAAAAGAAAAAAGACUCUAAUUCUGUUCGAAACUUAGCAUUGUUUAAUGAAUUUUUUUCUUUAUUCUA